AGUCAUGUGAGUAUAAAGAUGAACACGUGAGGUUGCUCGCUAUUUGGUGGUUUCAUUUUGAAGGUUAAGCGUCUGCUAACGUGAGCGUUGGCCUCCAUACAACUUAAAGAUGUCCUCCCUGUCCGCUGCCAGUGUGGAGCCUGUUGCUGUGACUGGAAGUACAGAGAAGAAACCUCUGAAGCCAUGCUGUGCUUGUCCAGAGACCAAGAAAGUCAGAGAUACUUGCAUAAUUGAAAAGGGAGAAGAAAACUGCAAAGACUUAAUCGAGGCACACAAAGAUUGCAUGAGGGCACUUGGAUUCAAGAUUUAACCACUCGUAUUGUUUGUGUGAUUGUGUGCUUGUUGCUGUGAGUGGAAGAUGACCCUGGAUAUUCUUUUUCAUGCUCUUAUUUAUACCUCCACCAGAAGGGAAAUGUGAUAAUGGAGCACUUCAACUGAUGGAUUUAUGAAACUUGUUUUUUAACUUUGCAGAAUAUAAUGUGAAUAUCUAAAGUCUGUGUGUAGAUGAAUAAAAGUCCUAUGCAAUAAGA